CAUGGCACAGCAAGACAUACUUCACAUUGUCAUUGAUGUCUACGUAUACGAAUUAAUUAGCUCUGCCGUGCGGUUGCUGAGUGUCCGGUCAAAUGGAUUUGGAUCGCAUGGCUAUUUCCCACGGUGGAUGUGCCCCUCGCAGAUAACGUGUUAUCGAUAAGGUGAGCCCCAAUUGCUAGGUGUCCUUGCCGUCAGGUCUGUUGUAACAACAAGACAAUUCGACAACAUCUACCACAACAGCAGCACCACUAGCUAAGAGACUUUCUCCUCUAAGCAUAAACUCCCAUACAUCUCAAUCAGUCUAUAUCGGCACCCUCCUGCGAUCUUUUCCCCAUCACAGCCCCCAAAAUGGCCGAGCUCACCCACUUCGAUAUGCAGCCUCUGCAACUUACCGACGACUUUCGAGCAGUCACAAUCGCACCCUCAGCCAGCAAACCCUCCCGCUCGCUCCAAGCCGAGCUAGACGCCCUGAACGACCUCCACCACAAGCUCAUCAGCUCUGAGGAAGGCGUCCUCCCCACACGAGUCCCGGGACCUCCUGCCUCGAUCCCCCCUAAGAGGGCACAGGCCGUCACCAAGCUUCGAGAUCAAGCCAAUGAUCUGUACCGUAAGGGGAAGCACGUCGAGGCACAGAAGAUGUACACAGCUGGUAUUGAGAUGGCGCGCGCGCGUCCCUCGUGGCAGCCUUGCGCCAUCAGCAGAGAGGAGCUGGGCGGGUUGUACGCGAACCGCGCGCAAGCCUACAUGGCCGUUGGGCAGUGGGCGGAGGGCAGCGUGGAUGCACAGACCAGCGCCGAGCUGCGGAAGAUGGGCAACGCAAAGGCCUGGUGGCGACGGGGCAAGUGCUUGAUGGAGAUGGGGAGGCUGGAGGAGGCGGGCGAAUGGGUGAGGCGGGCUUUGGAGAUUGAAGGCGGCGAGGCUGACUUGAGAGAGCUUCUGGAGGACAUUGAGAAGAGGCUGGCCAGGGGUAAAGCUUAAGAUGAGGCUUGAUUGACGUGGCUCAGCAUGAUGGGGAAGAUCAGGAGUUUGGGAUACCUUUGCUUUUAUUAUGAAUAGAUA